UCUUCUCCUACCCUACAGCCCGUCCCCCACGGCUGUGGUCCCCACCCCUAGAAGACAGCGGAACUGAAGGAAGAAGAAGCCGAGGACAAAAAAGCCAUGUCGGACUCCCUGGUGGUGUGCGAGGUGGACCCAGAGCUAAAGGAAAAACUGAGGAAAUUUCGCUUCCGGAAAGAGACAGACAAUGCAGCCAUCAUAAUGAAGGUGGACAAGGACCGGCAGAUGGUGGUACUGGAGGAAGAAUUUCAGAACAUUUCCCCAGAGGAACUUAAGUCGGAGCUACCAGAGAGACAGCCCAGGUUCGUGGUCUACAGCUACAAGUAUGUGCAUGCAGACGGCCGGGUGUCCUACCCUCUGUGCUUCAUCUUCUCCAGCCCUGUGGGCUGCAAACCCGAACAACAGAUGAUGUAUGCGGGGAGCAAAAACAGGCUGGUGCAGACCGCAGAGCUCACAAAGGUGUUUGAAAUCCGCACCACAGAUGACCUCACAGAGGCCUGGCUGCGAGAGAAGCUAUCUUUCUUUCGUUGACCUCUGAGCCAGGGACUUGAAUUCCUGACGUCUGAGCCUCAAGGAGACUGAAGACUCGGACCCCUAGGGUCUGAACAUCCAAGACCGUAAAGAAAUUAAAACCACAAUAACUCAGAG